AUGUCGGCGGACAUGUCUGGUGAGCAGAUGCAGGCUAAGAUUACCGCUGCAAGGCGUGAAGCCGAAGGAUUGAAAGAUAGAAUCAAGCGAAAGAAGGAUGAAUUGGCAGAUACAAGCUUAAAGCAGGUUGCGCAACAACAUACAGAGGCACUACCCAGGAUAGGAAUGCGGCCGAGGAGGAAUCUGAAAGGUCAUCUUGCAAAGAUAUACGCGAUGCACUGGUCGAAAGAUCGCAGGCAUCUCGUAUCAGCUUCCCAGGAUGGAAAGCUCAUUAUCUGGGAUGCAUACACCACAAACAAAGUGCACGCCAUUCCGCUCCGAUCAUCAUGGGUCAUGACCUGCGCCUACGCACCUAGUGGUAAUUUUGUCGCCUGCGGUGGUCUGGACAAUAUUUGCUCCAUCUACAACUUGUCUACGCGAGAAGGACCCACGAGGGUAGCUAGAGAACUCUCAGGUCAUUCUGGUUACAUCUCAUGCUGUCGUUUCAUGCACGACCGGAAGAUCAUCACCUCCUCGGGCGACAUGACUUGUAUGAUGUGGGAUAUUGAGACAGGCAGCAAGGUCACCGAAUUUGCUGAUCAUCUGGGAGACGUCAUGAGCAUCAGCAUCAACCCAACAAAUACCCACGUCUUCGUUUCCGGAGCAUGUGAUGCUUUUGCUAAAUUGUGGGAUGUACGAACUGGCAAAGCCGUUCAGACGUUUGCUGGCCACGAGUCAGAUAUUAACGCCAUCCAAUUCUUUCCUGAUGGAAAUGCCUUUGGCACGGGUUCUGACGAUGCUUCAUGCCGGCUGUUCGAUAUUCGAGCGGACAGAGAAUUAAUGGCCUAUCAGGCAAGUCUAAUGUGCUAA